CAGAGAAGAGAAAGAGUCAAGAUGAGAAAAGUUCAAGAGCACCUGAAGCAGGAAUGAGCAGCAUCGCGCAUCAGGAGCGUUUUUAUCGUAUACAAUACACAGAUAGUUUCCUUCAGACAACAAAGACUGAGAAAUUAACCAAAUUAUGAUAUGACAAACUUUUUUUGCCAGUAUGGGUCAGCAUUAUUUACUCCAGGCCAGUGUCUUCCGUGCAGCUGUCUUGUUUGCCGUGGUCGUCUGGAUCCCUCAUAUUUACUCUGACUACCCAGAGCCUGUUAGUAACCUGUCUGUGAACUCCAUCACUGUGAGCUCACUGAACCUGAGCUGGACACUUCGAAAUGGCAUUAGCCCAUAUUAUAAAGUAGCUUGGGAUGUAAACCUGCUCACUACUAACCAAACCUUCAUGCAAAUCUCACAACUUGCACCCGGCACCAAAUACACCUUCAACGUCACCUCAGUGGCCUCUGAUAACCGCACUGAGGGGCGCACUGUUGAGAUAUCCCAAAACACAAUUCCAGCACAAGUGGAGAAUAUCACUUUGCUGAAUUCCACAAACAGCAGUUUGACCUUGGCCUGGACACCCCCUCUCGGUCAUGUGGACUCAUAUGAGGUGAGCGUGUCCGGUGCGGAGUUGAAGAUCAUCACCGUCUCAACCAACUCUUCAGUAAUCAGUAACCUCAUGGUAGGACGUGUUUACAACCUCACAGUCACCUCCGUCAGUGGAGCCCUGAAGAACAUCUCUAACAUUGUGCAGUUUGCCACUAAGCCUAACCCGCCUGAAGCUCUCAGCGUGAGCGGCCAGACUAAUGGAUCUAUUUCUUUGCUGUGGUCAAAACCCUUAUCAAUGGAUGGAUUGAACGUGUCCUAUGAAGUGUCGUAUAGAUCCAGUCUGUCAGGGGUCAACCUGACUUUGCAUCAAACCACCUCUUUAACCGCGACGCUCACAAAUUUAUUAUCGGGCAGUCAGUAUGACAUCGCUGUGGUCACCAUAGGAGUAAAAGAUCUCAGGAGCUCACUUGUAAAUCUCACUGCAUAUACAGUUCCUAAUGCAGUGCAAAAACUGGUGGUUUCUACUGUCAGCACCAGUUCAGUCAAUCUGACGUGGCUUCCCCUGAAUGGGACCUCCAACCUGUUCUCCUACAGUGUCAGCAUCUCUUCACCCGAUCAGACUCUCAGUACCACAUCCAACAAUUAUCAGAUUACUCAGUUGCAGCCUGGGACUCCGUAUAAUUGCAGUGUCAGAACACUCAUAAUAGUUGCCAGCAUAUCUGGACCCUCACAGUUCAUACAGUGUAAUACCAAGCCACUGCCGGUGACUAAUUUAACCGCCUCUCCUGUCGGCACCACUGAGAUGCGCCUGUCCUGGUUUUAUCAGAGGAACAACAAAUCUUCAUAUCUGUAUAAUGUGAGUGUAAAUGGGGAACGAUGGAUACAGACUAGCAAUGAGACCACACAGAUCUCUGACCUGAUCCCCGGGAACAACUACACCUUUACUGUGCAAGCUGUAGUAAACGGCAUGAUCUCUGAACCUGUAGCCAUCUCUGCAUUUACAGUGCCUACUCCUCCUGGCGAGUUGAGUGUCAGUUCAGUGUAUAUAGUUUGGCCUGUGGCUUUCUGGGAGAACCAGUGAACACCUCUGUCCUCACAAAGCCCUCUAUAGCGAUUCCCAAACUAGAUAAUCAAGGCUCUAAUCACUCAAUCUUGGUGAUGUGGGAUCAUCCUGUUGGUGGGCUCGACCGGUACAUUCUGAACAUCAGCAGUGAAGGAUGGAGUUGCAGAAGGACUAAGUUGGAUCAAUGCCUGUUGAACACCUAUGAGGAUUGGAAAGCAGAGCGGUGCAACACAUUCCUGGCUGCUGUCAAAAACACAACAGGGUCUAGAAGUGUGCAGGACCAAACAAGCAUAAUUGGAGAUGAAACUAUGUGGAAUAGUUACAGAAAUGGAGAACUAUAUGCUAAAGGCAGUUACAAUUUUGCUGUCGUCACUUUCACUCAUCUGGAGAUAAAUAACAGUUUAGUGGAUGUGUCUAAUUCAUACUACUCCAUAUCUGACUUUAGACCCAUCACUCUGCCACAGAACCCAGGUAACCACUUGGAGACUUUCUCUCAAUAUUUAAAGCGCUUACUACAUUGCACCUGCGUUUUUCAGUAACACAUCCCUGCUAAUGUAAAGGCUGUAAGUCUAACACAUCUCUUUUAUACUACACACCACAA